CCAGAUCCAGAUCCGCUCCUGGGCGCUCGGAUUGUUCUUACCGGAGCGCCCAAAAUCGGCCAAUACCUCCACUUCUUUGGCAAUGUUACAAAAGAUGCGCAAUCGUUCUGCGUGACGCUUCAGAAAGAUUUUGAGGACCUGCAGAAUGUUGCUUGCAAUGUGUGUGCGUAUUUUCGGGCUGAUCCGAGAAUCGAAUAUGAUAUCUCGCAUAAUGGGCUGCUUUUCUUAAACAAUCGGGCCAUGAAUCCGUUUGCGACAGGUGAGCAAUUCGACCUCCGGAUCCGCUUCCUGCACGAGAACGUCCAAAUCCUUGCGCAGCGCGGCGAGAUUGGCAUUUUUAGCAAGGAUUACAAUGUACAUGAGGCGAAACAUCUGAAAAUUUUCGGAAACGUUACGAAUCUGCGGUUGAUGCAAGUUGAUGGAGGUAAUUAUACCAUACCUUACUAUCGAAGGAUCGAUUUUCGGUCUCGAUUGGAUAUUGCAUUGAAGCCAACAGCCGAAAUGGAGCCUGCGCUUUGGGAAUCGUUGAUCGAAGGAAAACCAAUGAAAGCUUCUCGAAACCGCUUAAGACGAAAAGGUGGUCGGGGAGGUGGACGCGGGGAGAGGGCAGUGCAAGGAGCUGCUGCUCAUGGUGAUGGCUCACGCGGCUUUUCAGGGCGAGACUCAAGCAAAGGGGUUUUUAAGGCCUAUGGAAGGCUUUCUUAUCAUGCCUCAUCACCGGCUUCAAACACCAGCUAUGGGCACAGUAGCAUGGGACACUACUGGUAUUCGCCGAGGCACGGGGGAUACUACCAUGCACAGCCCAGCCCAUGGGGUGGACCAGCCUAUGUGCCAGCCUCAUACUCAUAUCGUAACUCCAGAAAUGGAUCUAUGGUUUAUGCUGACAGCGAGGGCCACGGUCGCUACUAUGACCCUAAUUAUGUUAUCGACAUCGAAAAGAUUCCGAAACCUAGAUUAAUCAAUGUUAUACUCUAUCGUAGUAACGGUCACAACGCUACGAAUCGUGAAGAGUGGUCGCCAACUUUAAGCCAUAAAUUGAGUUUCGAUAUCAUGGCCAGCGAUUAUAUUGGGAUCGAGGGUGAUGUGGAGAUCCUCGGCCUUAAGGAGGAUGGCCUGUUGGCA